AUGGGCUCCAUAGACACCAAAGAACGCGGCAUUCGCAUUGCGAUCGACCGGGGCGGUACCUUUACCGACUGCGUUGGUACCUUCAACGGCGAAGAUGUAGUGAUCAAGCUCCUUUCUGAAGAUCCCGCAAAUUACGAUGAUGCGCCCCUCGAGGGAAUCCGCCGCAUCAUGAGCCACUUCCUGGACCGCGACAUUCCGCGCGGCGAGCCUCUCGAUACCUCCAAGAUUGACAGCAUACGGAUGGGAACAACGGUAGCCACAAAUGCUCUGCUAGAGCGCAAAGGCGAGAGGAUAGCUCUGGUAGUGACCGAAGGGUUCAAAGACUGCCUGUCCAUUGGCAACCAAAGCCGACCCAAGAUUUUCGACCUCGCCAUCCGGAAACCAGACGUUCUGUACGAGCAGGUUGUCGAGGUCGAUGAGAGAGUUACACUGGAAGACUAUGCAGAAGAUCCCGAGCGAACUCAGUCCAAAGCACAGGCAAAGACGGGAGAAGAGGGCGCGGACAAGGCAACCCUGGUCACGGGCUUGUCUGGUGAGACAGUUCGCGUCCUCAAGAGGCCAGAGGACGAAGGCAUCAGAACACAGCUCCAAGGAGUCUAUGACAAAGGCAUCAGGAGUAUAGCUGUGUGUUUGAUGCAUGGCUACACCUUCCCAGAUCACGAGGCUCUUGUUGGCCGCAUUGCAAGAGAGAUUGGCUUUGAGCACAUCUCGUUGAGUCAUGAGCUUAUGCCCAUGAUCAAGCUCGUUUCAAGAGCUACCAGUGUCUGCGCUGAUGCAUACUUGACACCAGCCAUCAAGAAAUAUAUUCAGGGAUUCCAAAAAGGCUUCGAGGGUGGGCUGGGUACCCGGAGCGUGGCGGACGAAAAGGGCAGCAAGGGAGCGCGUUGCGAGUUUAUGCAAAGCGAUGGUGGACUGGUCGAUGUUGACCGAUUCACUGGUUUGAAAGCUAUCUUAUCUGGCCCGGCUGGUGGUGUAGUCGGAUACGCAAUCACCAGUUACGACGAGAAGACCAAAACCCCCGUCAUUGGCUUUGAUAUGGGUGGUACAUCAACAGACGUUUCGCGGUUUGGCGAGGGACGAUACGAGCACGUCUUCGAGACUACUACCGCCGGUGUCACCAUACAGUCCCCGCAAUUGGAUAUCAACACUGUUGCUGCAGGUGGCGGAAGUAGACUUUUCUUCAAGAAUGGUCUCUUCGUUGUUGGUCCAGAGUCUGCUGGUGCUCACCCAGGCCCCGCUUGCUAUCGAAAGGGAGGACCGGCAACUGUGACUGAUGCCAACCUUUUCCUAGGACGCCUUCUACCUGAAUUCUUCCCAAAGAUAUUUGGAAAGAAUGAGGAUGAGGGGCUCGAUCCAGAAGCCAGCAAAAAGGUGAUUCAAGAGCUUGCAGAUCAAAUCAACAAGGAGACCGGCAAGAACAUGAGCUUGGACGAGGUGGCAUAUGGCUUCCUGACUGUCGCAAAUGAGUCCAUGACAAGACCAAUCAGAUCCAUCACCGAGGCAAAGGGUCAUGAUUCGUCGAAACAUAGACUUGCAACAUUCGGUGGUGCUGGAGGACAGCAUGCGGUCGCCAUUGCAGAGGCACUUGGCAUCCAGCAGAUUCUUGUCCACCGAUACUCGUCAGUCUUGUCAGCCUACGGAAUGGCCCUGGCAGAUGUGGUGGACGAACGCCAAGAACCUGAUUCCAAAGUAUGGGAAGACAAGGGCGACGCAGUAGAAGAGCUGAAGUCGAAAAUGGAGAAGCUCAAGGACAAGUCCCGCCAGUCAUUACAAGAGCAAGGCUUUGGUUCCGAUGACAUUGUCUUUGAGGAAUACCUCAAUAUGAGGUACAGGGGCACAGAGUCAGCUCUCAUGAUCGUCAAGCCUACCCAGGGAGACGACAUGGAAGAGUGGGACUUUGGCAAGGCUUUCGUGAAACACCACCGAUACGAAUUCGGAUUCACGCUUGAUGAGAGAGACAUCAUUGUUGAUGAUGUCAGAGUUCGUGGAAUCGGCAAGAGUUUUAGGUACCAGGAUAAGACUGUCGACGAGCAACUGAUAGAUGUGAAGCGUCAACAAGCCGAGGACAGCAAGGCUUAUGGCAAGUCACAUGUCUAUUUCGACGGCGGCAGGCUCGAAACCCCCAUCUAUAAACUGGAGAAUUUGAGUGUUGGCGACCAGAUUCAGGGCCCAGCCAUGCUGGCUGAUGGCACGCAGACUAUUGUCGUCACACCAGAUGCAAAAGCAACCAUUCUCAAGACUCACGUUGUCAUCGACCUUGCGCGAGAUACCAAGGAUUCGCAGAAGGACGACAUGUCCAAGCGAGAGGUCGACCCAAUCUUGCUCAGCAUCUUUGGCCACAGAUUCAUGGCAAUUGCUGAGCAAAUGGGUCGCGCUCUGCAGAAGACUAGUGUGAGCACAAACGUGAAGGAAAGACUUGACUUUUCUUGUGCAAUUUUUGACGCCUCCGGUGGACUGGUUGCCAAUGCCCCCCAUCUGCCUGUACAUCUGGGAUCAAUGUCAACAUGUGUGCGCACGCAAGCCAAAAUAUGGGAAGGCAAACUCAAGAAAGGCGACGUUAUCAUUUCAAACCACCCAUCAUAUGGUGGCACCCACUUGCCCGAUAUUACCCUCCUCAUGCCUGCUUUUAAUGAGAAGGGAGACAAGAUUCUCUUCUAUGCGGCAUCGCGUGCCCACCACGCUGACAUUGGAGGUAUCACCGCUGGCAGUAUGCCGCCUCACUCCAGAGAGUUGUUCCAAGAAGGCGCAGCAAUCAAGAGUGAAAAGAUUGUAAGUGAAGGCAAGUUCAACGAGGAGCGAAUCGUCGAACUUCUCUACAAGGAGCCAGCCAAGUACCCUGGUUGCAGUGGUACGAGAUGUCUGGCAGACAACAUCAAUGAUCUCCGUGCUCAGGUUUCCGCCAACCAAAAGGGUAUCUCUCUGAUUGAAGGUCUUAUUGAAGAGUACGGCGAAGAGACAGUUCAGUUCUACAUGGUCAACAUCCAGAACAACGCCGAGAACUGCGUUCGACAGCUACUCAAGAAGGUUUCCAAGAAGUUUGAAGGAAAGGAUCUUUCCGCAGUGGAUUUCAUGGACGACGGAAGUCCCAUCCGCCUUCGGGUCACUAUCGAUUCAGAGAAAGGAGAGGCCAUCUUUGACUUUGAAGGUACAGGGCCACAGGUCUACGGAAACGUCAACGCUCCAGAGGCGGUCACAUACAGCGCCAUCAUCUACUGUUUGCGCUGCCUCAUCUCUGAAGAUAUCCCGCUGAACCAAGGCUGUCUGAAGCCUAUUCACGUCAAGAUCCCGCCCAAGUCUUUGCUGUCACCGUCUGAUGGUGCAGCAGUUGUUGGUGGCAACGUUCUCACGAGUCAGAGAGUGACGGAUGUCAUUUUCAAGGCGUUUGAAGCUUGUGCUGCUUCGCAAGGUGACUGCAACAACCUGACUUUUGGAUUUGGUGGAAAUGUCACUGGAGAGAAGGAGGUGAGGGGUUUUGGAUAUUACGAAACAAUCGCCGGUGGUUCUGGUGCCGGUCCUGAUUGGGAGGGUACCAGUGGUGUGCACACCCACAUGACCAACACUCGCAUCACGGACUCGGAGGUCUUUGAGAGACGAUACCCCGUAAUACUACGCGAGUUUUCUCUGCGUGAAGGCUCAGGAGGCAAGGGUCAACACAACGGUGGAGACGGUGUCAUCCGCGACAUUGAGUUCCGUAUCCCUGUGCAAGUGUCCAUUCUCAGCGAGCGAAGAGUAUAUCAUCCAUAUGGACUUGCUGGUGGCGAGGACGCCGAGUGCGGCCUCAAUGUCUGGGUAAGGCGUGUUCCCGUUAGUGACGCACAAAAGGCUGCAGGUGAAAGUGCAGAAUUUGAGGAGAGACAUAUCAACAUGGGCGCAAAGAACAGCGCACCAUUCAGCGCAGGAGACAGGAUUAUCAUCAACACACCUGGUGGUGGUGGCUGGGGCAAGGUCGGUGAGAAGAAGGUCCAGAGGUCACAAAAGGAUCACACGGAGGCUUGGAGAAAGGGAAGCCAUGCCAACAGAGAGGACGCCGCUCUACAAGUCUAA